AAACUGGAGAGAUAUGCGGUGGAACAAGAGUUAGAUUUAAGGGACAAUGCAUAGGAGCAGUUUCUAGCAGUCACCCGGACGCUUGCCACAUCUUUGCAGAACACAGCCACAAGUUGAAAAUCGAUGGCGUCAAAAUGCAAAGUUUCCUACAAAAUAACUUUGAAAGUGUUGAGAUUGAUUCCUAUCGGUAUUACAGAAUUGGAGUUGAAAGCAGUAACGAUACAACAGCCACAUCUUUGCGAUGGCAUGACGCAACACCGCUUGUGUAUGAAAACUGGAUUGAGCCACCUAAUAUUAAUUCCAACUCAACGUGCGUCUUACUGGACCGCUUUUCGAUGUUGCAAUGGACCACUUUUGACUGUGCAACUGGAAAUUUAAUUUUUGCAACAUUAUGCCAAUUUGAUUUAAACGAGUGUUUUGGAAGUGAAAGUUUAUGUGAGACAUGCGUAAAUGUUCCUGGUUCCUAUUACUGUUCGUGCCCACGUGGUUAUCUCCUACAUGAGAAAGAUGGUCAAGAAUGUGAAGACAUUUGUCACCACCACAUAGAGCAUACUGGAUCAAGUGUUUCACUUCUUCAACUCAAUGAAACGUGUUACACUACAGAUUAUACGGCUGUGAAUUCAACUACAAGUAAACAUUUGUGCAGUAGUAUGGAAAGUUUGAUAGAGGAAACAGAUAUUCAGGCUAUUACACAACUGAACGUGACUUCAUCGUGGAUUGAUAAUAACGCUGCAUCCUGCACAGUUCUCAAGGCAGAAUCAAAUGGAUCUAGUGUGUCUAAUGUCAGCUGUUCCGAAGAAUACCCGGCAGUUU